UGGCUGUCAGUGGCUCUCAGCUUUGUAAUCUUUGAAAACCUGUCACUAGUUAAUAGUUUUAUUAAUAAAAAAGGCUCAAUAAUUUCCUAAAAAGUAGACAAUGGUGCAUUUGUCGGGGACUAUAUUCUUCUGAGGAUUUAUACAGUAAUUAAGGCACUUUUAACCCAGUGAGGCUCAUCAAUGUGUUUUCAGUAGUUUUAGUACUAAAAUGGAUUUUUAUAGAACUGAGGCAUAAGAUAUAUAAGGUUAAUAUAUAGUAUGAUUUGUAAAUUUAUUGAUAGAUUUUGUUUAAUAUCAGGAUACCUACUAACAGUGUUUCCUUGGUGACCUGUCAGAAUGUUGACAUGUGAGUUCGGUUCUAGAACUCUAGAAUCCUGAGUCAGAUUCUCUCUGGAGCUCAGAUCUCUUCACUCAGAACACACUCUGCUCAUUUGUGCCAGAGAGAUCAACCGUGUCAGACUGCUUUUCGCAUCUAUCGUUGAACUUAAACCUGUGAACUUUUACAUUGUUGCUUUGCCUGUUUUGUUUGUUCUGUAUUGUGAUAUACAGCAACAACUUCUCAAUGGAGUUUAUUGAGGGAAGUAGAGGAGUCUACAGACCCAUCAGGGUGUUGUUUGAUACACCCAUUUAUGAUCGGGCUCUGCAGCUCUGCUGGAAUAUCAACAGCUACAAGUCUAAGAUUGCAUUGCUGAGAGAACUGCUCAUGCUUCAGGAAGCUUACCAGAUCCCAUCUCAGGUGACUCCUGAAGACAUGAUCCACUUCCUCAUGGAAGAAAGCAAGAAUACUCUGAGAGAACGCCUUUGGGAGUUUGAACUGGAGGACUUUGAUGAGGAGGACGCCAAACCUCUGCUGAUGCUGGUGUGGGCAGUAAAUAUGAGCAACAAGAUGAGGGACAUUGAGUUUGAAGCCCAGAUGCUCCUCAACUCCUCAGAGCCCUUACCUCCCAAAUUUCAACAUCCUAAACUCUUUAAUGUGGCGCUGAAGUACGCCAAGAUCCUGAGAACCAAUCAUGUGGCUCCCAGCUCCAAAGUCCUCAGUCCUCAAGAGGUGGUGUUGGAAGUUGUCCCCAGAGUCCUGCAGGGCUUCUGGGCACUUCCUCGCCGUCCCCUCCUAAACAUGCCUUCCCAGAAACUCAGCACAAUGUCUGUUGGGGUUACAAAGGCCGUCUUGGACCGAGUCACUGGCGCUCUCACUGGUGUGGAAGGUCAGACCACCUUCUCCCGCUCCAUCAGGGACGACGUGGUCCUGUCCAUCCUGACAACCAUCAGACAGACGCACCCACUCCACAUCCUGGUGAACAGGAUCAAGAGCUUCGCACCAGAGCUGCUCAGUGAAAUUGUUGAUGUUGCAGCGGAACAGAUUUGUGAGAUGUUUCAUCCCAAGAGCCCCAAAGUGCCGGCUCCUCUGAGUCCUGCUGCUGAACCUCCUGCUACCGCUCCAGUCCAGGAAGACUCCAACCUGACUGUGACACGUAGUCCAGAGACAAACCCUGCUGUGGUGUCCACUCCACCAGCUUCUCCAGCACCUCCUGUGGAACCUGCAUCCAUCACUAAUGUUGAGACCAGAGAGGAUGAAAGUGAUGAACCCAGCCUGGUGAAUAACCCAGAAUCCACCAGAGACCCAGACUCUACUGUGGUUCCUACUUCAACACCUCCUGUGGAACCUCCAGCCAUCCCUAAUAUUGAGACCAGGAAAUACGAAAGUGACAAACAAAGCCUGGAGAACAACCCAGAACCCACCAGAGACCCAGACUCUGCUCUAGUUCCAGUUUCUCCAGCACCCCCUGUAGAACCUCCGUCCAUUAUUGAUGUUGAGACCAGGGAGGAUGAAAGAGACAAAUCUGGCCUUGAAAAUGACACAGAACCCACCAGAGACCCAGACUCUGCUGUGGUUCCACCUGCUUCGACUCCUCCUGCGGAACCUCCAUCUGCUUUUGAUGUUGAGACCAGGAAAGACGAAUGUGACGAACCCAGCCUGGAGACCAACCCAGAACCCACCAGAGAACCAGACUCUGCUGCAGUUCCAGUUUCUCCAGCACCCCCUGUGGAACCUCCAUCCAUUAUUGAUGUCGAGACCAGGGAGGAUGAAAGAGACAAAUCUGGCCUUGGAAAUGACACAGAACCCACCAGAGACCCAGACUCGGCUGUGGUUCCACCUAUUAUGACGCCCCCUGCUGAACUUCCAUCCAUUACUGAUGUUGAGACCAGGAAUGAUGAAAAUGACAAAUCUUGCUUUGCAACCGACAGAGAGGCUACCAGAGACCCAGACUCGGCUGCUGUUGUACCUUCUUUGACAUCGCCUGCUGAACCUCCAUCUGUUACUGAUGUUGAGGCAAGAGUGGAUGAAAAGGAAAAACCCAUCCUGGAGAAUGACUCUAAACCCUCCAGAGAACCAGACGCUGCUGCGACUCCAGUUCCCUUGGUUCUGCUGAUCCCUCCUGCUGACCCUCCAUCUGUUCCCGACAUUCAGGCUAGGGAGGAAGAAACUGAAAAGCCAGGCCUUCAAGAAAACCUAAAGCCCACCAAAGAACCAGACUCUGCUCUGACUCCUGCUCCUCCAGCUCCACUGACCCUUCCUGCUGAACCUGUGAUCAUUAUUUCAAUGCAGGACAGCCUGACUAGCAGCCCGGCUGUAACAGAGAAGCCAACCUCCAGACCUCCACCAGCUCCUCGGACAUCCCCGACUGAACCUCCUCACAUUACUGAUGUCAAGGACAGAGUGGAUGCAGAUCAAAGGCCAAACAUUGAAGAGGGCUCAGUAGUCUCCAGAGAACCAGUCUCUGAUCUUGCAGCUUCAUGUUCUCCUCUGACCUCUCCUCCUCUGGAACCUGUAGUCAUUGUUUCAGUGUUAGAAGUCAAAGAGAGGAGAGUGCAGGGCUUCUUCAGCUGGCUCGCUCAACCAUUCUGCUGCUGCUUUGGAGCCAGAGACACAAACUGAGUUGUUGUCUUUAACUGUUAAAUGAAUAUGUGAAUUGAUUAAAUGAAUAAAUACAAAUUUCAAAUUAAA